AUUGAUUCACUUUGGAGCUGUAAGUACUGAUGUAUUAGGGUGCAGCGCUCAUUGUUCAUUGACGCACAGAGUCCCAAAAUGAAUAUCCAAGAGCAGGGUUUCCCCUUGGACCUCGGAGCAAGUUUCACCGAAGAUGCCCCCCGACCCCCAGUGCCUGGUGAGGAGGGUGAACUGGUGUCCACAGACCCUAGGCCCAUCAGCCACAGCUUCUGCUCCGGGAAAGGUGCCGGGAUUAAAGGGGAGACGUCAACAGCCACUCCGAGGCGCUCGGAUCUGGACCUGGGGUACGAACCUGAGGGCAGUGCUUCCCCCACCCCCCCGUACUUGAAGUGGGCCGAGUCGCUGCACUCUUUACUAGACGAUCAAGAUGGGAUAAACCUGUUUAGGACUUUCCUGAAGCAGGAGGACUGUGCUGACCUGCUGGACUUCUGGUUUGCCUGCAGCGGCUUCAGGAAACUGGAGCCCUGUGACUCGAAUGAGGAAAAGAGGCUGAAGCUGGCCAAAGCUAUUUACCGAAAGUACAUCCUUGAUAACAACGGCAUCGUGUCCAGGCAAACCAAGCCAGCCACCAAGAGCUUCAUAAAGGACUGCAUCGUGAAGCAGCUGAUCGAUCCUGCCAUGUUUGACCAGGCCCAGACGGAAAUCCAGUCCACCAUGGAGGAGAACACCUACCCCUCCUUUCUCAAGUCCGAUAUUUAUUUGGAAUACACGAGGACAGGCUCGGAGAGCCCAAAGCUCUGUAGUGACCAGAGCUCUGGGUCAGGGACAGGGAAGGGCAUACCUGGAUACCUGCCCACUUUGAACGAAGAUGAGGAAUGGAAAUGUGACCAAGAUAUAGAGGAAGACGAUGGCAGAGACCCUGCUCCCCCUGGCAGGCUCACACAGAAGCUGCUCCUGGAGACAGCCACCCCCCGCGCCUCCUCAAGUAGACGGUACAGCGAAGGCAGAGAAUUCAGGUAUGGAUCCUGGCGGGAGCCCGUCAACCCCUACUAUGUCAACUCCGGCUACGCCCUCGCCCCAGCCACCAGCGCCAACGACAGUGAGCAGCAGAGCCUGUCCAGCGACGCCGACAGCCUGUCCCUCACCGACAGCAGCGUGGAUGGAAUCCCACCCUACAGGAUCCGCAAGCAGCACCGCCGGGAGAUGCAAGAGAGCGUCCAGGUCAACGGGCGGGUGCCUCUACCUCACAUUCCUCGCACUUACCGAAUGCCAAAGGAGAUCCGUGUGGAGCCACAGAAGUUCGCCGCGGAGCUCAUCCACCGCCUGGAGGCCAUCCAGCGAACGCGGGAGGCUGAGGAGAAGCUGGAGGAGCGGCUGAAGCGCGUCCGGAUGGAGGAAGAAGGUGAGGAUGGCGAUGUGUCCUCCGGCCCCCCAGGGGCCAGUCACAAGCUGCCUUCAGCCCCAGCCUGGCACCACUUCCCGCCCCGCUACGUGGACGUGGGCUGCGCAGGGCUGCGGGACACGCAUGAGGAGAACCCUGAGAGCAUCCUGGACGAGCAUGUGCAGCGGGUCAUGAGGACACCCGGCUGCCAGUCCCCGGGACCUGGCCACCACUCCCCUGACGGUGCACACGUGCCCAAGAUGCCAGGAGUGCUGGGGGGCAUAGCUCCCGGGCACGGUAAGCACGCGCUCAAGUCGGGGGCGAAGCUGGAUGCAGCCGGCCUGCAUCUCCACAGGCACAGCCACCACCACGGCCACCACGGCUUGGCCAGGCCCAAGGAGCAGGCCGAGGCCGAGGCUACCCGCCGGGUCCAGAGCAGCUUCGCAUGGGGCUUGGAGCCACAUGGCCACACGGCCAAACCCCGCAGCCACUCAGAAAGCGUGGGCACCGCCCCUGUCACCAGCGACAGCCUGGUCUACAGCGGGAAGGUAGGCAUCACCUCCAAAAGAAAUGCCAAGAAGGCUGAGUCAGGGAAAGGUGUCGGCGCUGAGGUGCCAGGCUCCUCGGAGGAUGCGGAGAAGAACCAGAAGAUCAUGCAGUGGAUCAUCGAGGGGGAGAAGGAGAUCAGCAGGCACAGGAAGGCCGGCCACGGGUCUUCUGGGGCGAAGAAGCAGCAGGCCCAUGAGAGCUCCAGGCCCCUGUCCAUUGAGCGUCCGGGGGCCGUGCACCCCUGGGUUAGUGCUCAGCUCCGGAACUCUGUCCAGCCCUCUCAUCUCUUCAUUCAAGACCCCACAAUGCCACCCAACCCAGCCCCCAACCCUUUGACCCAGCUGGAGGAGGCCCGCAGGCGUCUGGAGGAGGAGGAGAAGAGAGCCAGCAAGUUACCCUCGAAGCAAAGGUAUGUGCAGGAGGUCAUCCAGCGGGGGCGCUCCUGCAUCAGGCCAGCGUGCACGCCCGUGCUGAGCGUGGUGCCAGCGGUGUCCGACCUGGAGCUCUCCGAGACAGAGACGAAAUCGCAGAGGAAGGCGGGUGGUGGGAGCACCCAGCCAUGUGACAGCAUCGUCGUGGCCUACUACUUCUGCGGGGAGCCCAUCCCCUACCGGACCCUGGUGAGGGGUCGUGCGGUCACCCUGGGCCAGUUCAAGGAGCUGCUGACCAAGAAAGGGAACUACAGAUACUACUUCAAGAAAGUGAGUGACGAGUUUGACUGUGGAGUGGUGUUCGAGGAGGUUCGGGAGGAUGAGGCCGUCCUGCCCGUCUUCGAGGAGAAGAUCAUUGGCAAGGUGGAGAAGGUGGACUGACCGCAGGCCUGGCCUCUGCGCCUGGCCGGGCCCUCGUCAGGCAGGACGGGGCAACCACACUGAGAGCCACCAAGGGUUGUGCAUGUCGCGUGCUCUCACGU